GUGAAGGCAUUCAGUCGUUGUUCGUUCCGCUUAGAGGCUAGAUCAUGAAGCUACUGCUGGGCCUUUUAGUUUUGGUCACAUUCGUCGUAGUUGUUGUCGCAUUGGUGACAUCAAAGUCCAACACAGCUGAUUCGCCACAAGUCAAUAUAGCCGGUCAAGGUGCAGUGCUCGGCAGCGUCGAUGAAACAUUAUGGACGCGACAGAAGUUUUACGCAUUCCGUGGAAUACCGUUUGCGGAAUCGCCCAGCGGCGAGCGGCGUUUCAAGGCCCCCGUGAGUCGCAGCCCUUGGAAUGGAACAUUCGACGCACGUAGCUUUGGCAAACGCUGUCCGGUCAUAACAAGCAUCAGCAAGUUAAACGCUAAGCAGCUGGAGGAGGAAGACUGGGAGGACUGUCUAAACUUGAACGUCUACACCAAAAAUCUCUCGGCCAAACAACCGGUCAUGUUCUACAUUUAUGGCGGCGGCUUCACCAAUGGCUCCGCCUCCGAUCACCCACCACACCAUCUGCUCGAAAAGGACGUGGUGCUGGUGGUGCCGCAAUAUCGCGUCGGCGCGCUCGGCUGGUUGACGACACUCACCGACGACAUGCCCGGCAAUGCGCCCGUGUUGGAUCUGCUAUUGGCCUUGAGUUGGGUGCAAAGUCACAUUCAUGCAUUUGGCGGCGAUCCCACGCGCGUAUCGAUAUUUGGACAAAGCGCGGGUGCGGCUAUGUCCGGUGCGCUGCUGCUGAGUCCUAAAACACCAGAGCACUAUUUUAAGCGUUCAAUUGUGCAGUCGGGCGCCAUAACGGCACCGUGGGCCAUAAAUCGCACGCCAUUGCAGCAAGUUAAACGCAUCUGUGAGGCGCUGCAAUGCGAGAAAUGUGAAGAUAAGCGUGAGCAAUACGAAUGCCUGCGGAAGGUUGAUGUGCUGCAGCUGUUGAGGGUGACCACUGAGGAGAGCUUCAGUCCAGUGAUAGGUGAUGAGCAGGGCGUGCUGCCGCAAGAACCGCAAAUGCUUUUAAGAAAUCUCAAGCGCACAGUGCCGCUAAUGACGGGUUUCACCAAGCACGAUGGCUCUUUUGUGCUAGCAACGCUCUACGACACACUGAUCGCGCAGUACGGCAGCCUUGCUAAAUUCACUGUGCGCCAGUUAGCGAAUACCUUGAUCGAUCUAGCCAAAGAUACCACGAGUCUCUCUAACAAUUUACUCUUGCGCAUGCUCUUCAAGUCGAAAAUUUUGGACAGCAACAAUCACACCGCAGCUUGGCCCGCAUAUUUUGAUAUCGCCAAUAGUGUUUAUAUGAAGUCGCCUGUGGUUGCCUAUGCGAAUGAAUUGCAGCGUCGCAGCGCCGCUCCAGUCUACUUGUACACUUUCGAUUAUGCCGGCGCACACACACGCUUCGGCUAUGAGUUCGGCAAUUCGCAAUAUCCCUUCGAGGGCGGCGUACAUCACUCGAACGAUAACAUAUACCUGUUUGCCACACACAAACUGAAUGCGAACGACACGCUAAUCGCAAAGAAAAUGGUGGAUCUGUGGUACUCCUUCGCAGCGGAUGGUGUGCCAAAGGUUGGCGAACAACCGGAACUCACUCUUAAACCACUGGAGACUGAGGCGGGUCCUUAUUUCCACAUCGAUCAAGAAGUGCGCGUGGAUAGUGAUAUUUUGAAGGAGCUUACGGUGACUAUUGAUGAUCCAGAGAGCUAUAAAUUGAUUAGGUCGUCCGUUUUGCCACCAGUGUUGCCACCAGUGUUGCCACCGGUUUUAUAAAUUGGUUGAAAAUUUAGUAGAAAAGUUAGAAAGAAUAGUUGGUAAUUACUUGGUAUGUACUUAAGUUUUUUUAUUGCUUUUAAAUACAACACAUUAUACACAAUACUGUUUAGAAUAUUAAAAGGCAGGGCCUAAGGAAUUAUUUUCAAUAGUUCUUAGGCUCAGUGGUAUGCCCAAAUGCUUACAAAAGUGUUCAAAAUUUAUAAAAUUCCAUCAUAAAGAAUGAUUACUCCUCAUUAACUACGUGACGGCACUCCAUCUGCUAUCACAAAGGACCAAAACUGGUCUAUGUGUGGCUUUAUAGCCUACCAGAGUAACCUAACCUAACCUAACCUAUAAAAUUGAAUCAAAUAUCUAACAAAAAUUAUCAUUCCAUUCAGAAUUUACUGUUUUUUUUUAUUAUUUAAAUAUUGAAAUCGUUUGUAUGGCUGUUACCCUUACCCAACACUGCCACCUUCCCAUCCAUUCUCUCUAAUCACUCAAAAUGUUUUCUAAUUAGCAAAGCAAUCGGACAUCCCCAAUUGGCUGCUAAUAUAUUGCCAUCAAACAAAUAUAUUUUUAGUUCAUCUCCAGUUCAUGCCAAAAAGCAUUUUAAAUUCAAUUUUAGCUUAAACCACAAAUGCCCAAAAGUUGUUUGCCAACACUAUAUUUUCGAAACCAAAACUAAGCGUUUUAAUGUACACAUACAUACACUCACACACUCUUAAAAUGAAGUCUUCCUUAUUGCUGCUAAAAAGAUCGCUCAAAUUGUCCUUACUCUUCUGCCGUCUCUGCCACCGUCUCAGUUUUCAUAUGUCAACAGUCGACGACGACGACAAAAUUACGACACCACAAAGUAAACAAAUUAACUAAAUCAUCUAGAAAUUGGCAGCGAGUGAAGUGGACCAAGGAAGCUUUCGAAAUUUAGCUUAUAAUUUAAGGAAUGAACAUCGCUGGACUUCUUUGAGGAAAGGCUGCCUCAGACGAAUGAAACAAGCAACACUUUAUAUGUCUUCAAUGAAAAUUGGCGAAUCGACCAGGCAAUUGGCAUAAAUCCAAAAAUUGGCAUAGCCAAAUAGAGACUGAAACUUUGGAAAUACAAUUUUAAUAAGUUAUCAUCAGUAGAGAAUUGGCCAAUAGAAACAGUUAACAUUUAAAACGCAGUGCAUCCACGCCUAAAAGACGACAACAAUUGAAGCACUAAUGCAGUGAGACACACUCAUACACACUCAAAGAAACAAACAUUUGCCGAUUAUGACGAGGAAAUGAUUAAUUGCCGAAGAAUGAGGCGGACAAAUGUUUAUGAUUUUAUGAGGAAUUGAAUCGAAGCGACAGUUGCACAGUUGCGACACUCCGAGUGAAUGCAAAGCAAGUGAAAUUGAGUAUAUAUGCGUAUAUGAGUGUGUCUGUGUGUUUGAGCUAAUGGAUGAACGACUAAAUGGCUGCCAUGGAUGAGCAUAGAGAGACAGCGGCAGGCGAGGCAAAUGACGAAGCUGGCUUGAGUGCGACAACUGCAACGACAAAUGGAGCUCAUUGAUGCGUGCAAAUAAGCUUAAGAGUGAGAGUGUGUUUGGGUGUCUCCCGACAUAAUGAGGGCUAAAGGACGAUGGCAACAAUUUGGCGGUAAAUUAAAAAUUCGGCAAUGGCAAAUGACCGCAUCCUGCUAUAUAGUCCAUAUAAGUAUUGGAUGUGUAUAUGUGUGGGUUUAUCUAUUAUCCAUUCUUGCGUAACCCAAACGAGACGCUUCAUACAUAUUCAAUUAGCAAGCGAAUGGAUGCGAGUGGAAGGCGGAAACACAAUGAAAAUCGACACACAGACACAUAUAAACAAAGAAAAAAUGUUGCAACGGCAAAUGAUGUUUCUGCGUGUUUUGUGCCGCUCAGAUUGCUUGCCUGUAUAACGGUAUCAUGCUCGCAUGCGUUAGUAUGCAAAUUGUGGCAAAAACAAUAGCAAAACAGCAGCAAUUGGGUGGCGCAUCAAUCGUCUGGCUAUUGCCCCGGAUAUAGACAGCUUGCAUAUGCAAAUUAGUUAAUAUGGCAGCGUGACGAGCAAACACACACAAAUACUUGUAUACUAACAAAAACAAAAACAACAACAAUGUGAACAACAAAAAACAAGCAAUAUCAUGUUCAAAUGGGCGCUUGUUGAGCAUAUUCAGUGAACUCGUGUGGGUGGCAGCCUCAAAGAGCUCACUAGCACCACCACCACCAACAACAACAACAUAAACUGCCAAUGCAACUAACCGUUGUGUGACAGCCUUUCAUAAUAUGAGAAAUGAUCUUGACAAGAAUAAUUGCAUGUUCGCAUAAUUAAAAGCAUUUGUAAGCGCACAAACACAUACAUACAAACAUACAUACGCACGGACAGCAGUUGUUUCGCCACAAACAAUAACAAGAACAACAAUUAUGAUUAUACAGCAAAGCGCUAUGCAAUGAAAAUAAUGAUGGUCAUAAUGUUGUGAUUUCAUUGUUGUUGUUGGCGCUGAGAUUUGACAUAUCUAUAAAUAUACAUACUUAUGAAUGUAUAUAUAUAUACUUCAGUAUGUAUCUAUGUAUUUCUGUGUAUAAUUGCUUGCCAUUUGUAGCUUUUUGCCUUGUUUUAGCUGCCGUUAUUAUUAAUGACUGUAGGGAGUUGUGUUGAUGAUAUGAAUUCUCGAGCACGUUUUGAAUACACAAAACAACCGUUAGCCACCGCCGUGCAGCUUUUUAACUUGAAUAGCUCGUUUGUAAAAUAUGAAAUUUGCGAUUGUUUAGCUUUUCACUGCUGUGGCGGCGGAAGUGUUUGUAAAUUAAGUGAUUUUAAUAAAUAUGCUUGUUUCGAGUUUUAUAAAAAUAUUAUAUAUUUUGGGAAAAGGCUCAAUUAAUAUUUGCAUGAUAGACAAUGGUGACAUAAAAAAAAAUUGACAUUUUUUUUAAUAUUUAAAGGCUUUGGAUUAUACUAUUAUGAGAUUUGAGAAACGCACCGCGACCGAAAGUCUGUUUAAAUGCUGCAGAAAUCUGCCAGAUUUUUAUAAACACAAAUUAUUUUAAUUGAUGAAAAUUCAAAAUUUAUCCGAUAAAUUCCUUCUGUGUAUUGAAUUAUAUCCCUUUAUUUCUUAAGGAAAUCAUAGAAUAAAAAUUUUCAAUGUUUUUUCGAAAUUUCCUAUACAUAUUUCUAAGUAAAUAAUACUAAUUCAGCAACUAAAUGGUAGAAUAAAUGGUAUGUCAUUUUUAUAUCCUGAACAGGGUAUAUUAAGUUGGUCACGAAGUUUGUAACUCCCAGAAAGAAGCGUCGGAGACCCUAUAAAAUAUAUAGUUAUAUAAAUGAUCAGUAUGUUGAACUGAGUCGAUUUAGCCUUGUCCGUCUGUCUGUCUGUCCGUCUGUCUGUCAGUAUAUAUACGAACUAGUCCUUCAGUUUUUAAGAUAUCGUAUUAAAAUUUUGCAGAUGUUAUUUUCUCUUCAAGAAGCUGCUCAUUUGUCGGAACUGCCGAUAUCGGACCACUAUAGCAUAUAGCUGCCAUACAAACUGAACGAUCGGAAUCAAGGGCUUGUAUGGAAAACUUCCGCAUUUUACUACAUAUGUUCACGAAAUUUGGUGUGAGUUAUUGUUCAUAGAAAUAAUAUAUAAUAAUAUAUAUAAAUAGAUCGUUUAACUAUAUAACCUUAAUGUUUCUAGCAAAACACCCGGCUAAAAAUAAUUAGUAAAAUUUUUCCUUUUUUUUACUUACUUUUUCUUACGUCUUUAGAUUUGCUUAAACACAUAGUUACUAAAAGAGAUGCACCUGUGAAGGGUAUAUUAGCUUCGGUACAGCCGAAGUCAACGUUUUUUCUUGUUUUUUAAAUAAAGUAGUUUAUUUUAGGAUAAAAUAUUUUAAUUCGUCUGGUGUUACGAAGGAAUUUCGGAUUUAUUUUGAAUCUAUCAUAUUUUAUUUAAUUUUUCAUUAAUUUAUUAUUUAUGAAGAGGCUUUGUGUUAUCCAUCAGUGUAUAUGCCUUUCUACGGUGCCCAAUCUAUAGGCACACCCUAAUGCUUUACACCUAAACUAGCACCUCUUGAAGCGUUGAUUUCUUGAAUUUGAAUCGCAGAAAACGCCUACACCAGAUGCAAUUACCAAUGAUUUAUGCAGAAAACUGGCAAUUGGUGGGCACAACAAUUAAUUGAAAUUCCGCUUUAAAGGUGUAUGGCUAGCAAUUGUACUCAAUUUACGUACAAUAACACCUACAUAUAAGCAAAAAUCACAUAAUUGCAGCACAAUUGAAGUCACUAAGCGCAUUCAGUCAAUAUUACAGUUAUAUAUGUAAUCAAAUGACUUGUAUGUGAGUGUAUAUGAAAUACCUGCAUCGAAAGCGACACCAAUUAAAUGCGAGGAUUAGUACUCAUUUAAAUAACUGUACACGCGCGGUGGGGAAAAAGAAAAAGUCGGUAAAUAGUUACCGCCAACAACAACAAUAACACCACCAACAAUCAAGAGAGUGCAACAAUAGCAGCACACAACCGCAGCAAAGCCCGCGCACGUGUGUCAAACACACACACUCUCACUCAUACACCGUUAGAGACACACCAGUAUCACUGACAAGUCUCACAAAUCAGCAGCAUUUAUAAAGCGCCCUGACAUGCUCACAAUAAUGCCCAACAAAUUUGACGACAAAAGGAUUUGUGUUUAACGGUAUAAAAUGCGACAACACACAUAUCCCCCCACCCCCUUCACCGCAAAUAAAUCGAAAAAAUGAAAUAAAAUGGAAAAUACAUUGAAGCGCUUUAAACCGAGCCGAAGCUUGUGGAUUUCAACAUUAAGUAGCAACAGCGACGGCGCUGUCUGCAUAGAUUUUAGAUUUUAAACAAAAUAAAAAGAAAAAAAAAUAACGGAGAAAAAAGUAUUUUGUAAAGUUAGACAUGCGGCGCGUAUUAUGGGGUAUUACGGGACUAAAGCGCGCACCCGCAACAGCCAUAGCCACAGCCGACCCGCAUAAUCCCAGGCGACAGCGAUGGCGAACCAAAUACAAGUUGAAAGCCAGCAACAACAACAACAGCAAAAAGUGAAAUGAACAAAUGAAGAAUGUAAUAAAAUGCACAUAAAAGGUUAGCGCACAAAAUGAAGCGCUCGAAAACGAUGAAGCCGCCAGCCGACAGGCAACCACCGAGGAGAAGGUGGGACUUGAGUGGCAAGAGUACAACCAUUCAAAUGAGUAUGUGUGGGCGCUUUGUUGUUAUGACCGCCAUUUUGCGCCAAAUACUCGAGGUUCGAGUGAGUGUGUGUGCUCACAAUAUUCCACCUCAUCCUCCGCGCCGUCCCCCCCUGCUAACCGCCAAAACUUUCGCUAGCCAUACUUCAUUCGCUUUAUUCCCAAACGAAAUCCACUCGGAUUUGCCUUUCAAUAAAAAUGCAAAUUUUUCAACGCCUUUCUUCGCGCAUUUCCUUUUCACUUGCAUUUCUUUGAGCACUUUUAACGGCGCUUACGAGAUAGCACUACUAUGUACAUAUGUAUGAAUCUAGAGUUUUUUUGUUGUUGUGGCUGUUGGUGAAUAUACCGUUUUAUCUGUGUCUUAUCUCUUUUAAAGCUUUAAACUGCAUUUCUUUCCAAAAAAAGAAACGCUCGUGUACAAAAACAAUAAAAAAGUUUCGAAUAUUUUAAUGUGCUGCCUUUUGUAGAUAGUAACGGUCCGCAUUUUUAGUUUUCAUAUUUUAUUUUAUAUACAGCCGAAGCUUAGCAGUGCUUAACCCUCUGAGUGCCCAAAUUUAAUUUAAUAUAUACCCCUUAUAUGUAUGUAUGUAUAUAUACUGUGACUCACCUUCACUUGCGAUUCGGUCAUCCCUAAGGCAUAGGCGAGUUUCGCCCGUUCUGGUCCUGCCAGAUAUUUGGUCUGUUCGAAUGUCUUUUCCAGCGCGAAUAUUUGCUGGCCACUGAAUGUUGGGCGGGUGUGCUUCUUCUUGCCAUCCUUGUCGUUGCUUUGAUGAUGCUGAUGCGCUUGUGAGAGACUCGCGGACACUGGAAGAGAGAAGAGAAUAUAAAAUGUGAGCUUAUAUAACAUGGAAUUAAACUUAUUUUAAUAAUAAAGUGGUCUCGAAGUCCAUCUUAGGGAGCUCCGGUCCAAUAACGAUCUUUUUGAAGUGAAAAUAUGGGACCUAUUACACCUUAACUUACACAUAUGAGGCUCUGAUCAAAUCGAAAAGGCUAAACCUGGUCCAGAGGAAAGAACUAUUCAGAAAUACGAUAGCUUUUGGCUCAGAGUUUUUAAUUUAUUGUUCGCUGGAAUCUAAAAAUUUGUAGGAAACGGCGAUUUCUGGAAUCCAGAAGCUUUUUCUCUCAAACUCGAGCUCCUAGAGUCAAUUUAUUGCCAUACUCAACCUACUCCUAGUAUUAGUAUUCCUUCGUAGCUUCUUUUCUUGAACUCUAGCUGUUCCAGUCUAUUCCUAUAUAGCAUUCCUUCUUACCCAUUGAGCUAUCACUUCUGCUAAGCUCUAGACGGAGCAUAUUUAAAAAGGUUUAGAAUAUCGAGAAAUCCUUUAUUUUCUCUGAGAAAACGGUAACCUUAAUCUCAACCCCCUCCAAUUUGAAGUCGUAAACUAGUUUUAUUUAAUUGUUUACGACAACAAAGAAAUCGGAAGCCAAACAUAAAUACUUGAGCUAUAAAAAUAUCCCACCCAACUCCAGCGCCCAGCAACCCUCUGUGCUGGCAAUUUAAAUAACUGUGUUGAGCAUUUACUGCCAACUAAAAUCAUUUCACAUAAUUAGGGAUCAUUUAAUAAUGGGGUGACAUUAAUUGGCCCGAAGCACGGACCGAAGCAACGGAGGCAGCAAAGCGUCGUGGGUAUGAGACCGUACGGACCGUCAACCAGUUGGAGAGCGUAGGACAACCCCCGUUGUCACAGCUUUAUGAGUGCGGUUUAGCGCCGCUGUAAGGCAAUCGAAGCAGACCUUCGAGAUUUGGCUGCGGCAUUGUGGGCGAUAGCCGCCACCACCAGGACACACACACACACACACAGACAACUCCGGACGCUUGCCAACAAGGUAGCGCUCACUUGUAAUGAUUGCCCGCCAACUCACACCAGGGAGCCGCACAGGUCGUUGGAUUUAUGUACGACGUGCGAUGAGGGAGCCGGCCAUGACAAAGGCACGACGGGCGUUUUAUUUAUACUCGUUUUAUUGGCUUACACUCGUAUAAAAGUGGGCUUACAACACUCAAACGGCACUCCACCUGCUCUGGGGGUGGAGAGGGCUCGUGCGAAUUUGUACGUCGCCUGUUUGGCUAAUUGAUUCUCAUGUUAUUUUCAUGAAAACGAGAAUGAAAAUGAAAAUGACGCCAGAGGGCGCUCGCUUUUACAAAUUACAGCGCACAUGCAUAUUUAUAUACAGAAUUUGUUGUAAUCUCAUUUGUUGUAAAUAGGAUAUAUAUACGUGUGAGUGAAUGUGCGCUGGUGGGUCUCCUGCAGUAAAAUGUUUAUUCUCUAUGCGAGCGACGUAAUUAAUUUGCGGACAAUUUGCGUUUGUUAAUUUGAUGGCCAUUGGGCGGCGGCACUAAAUGUCCGCAUUUCUCAGGCAAUUGGCUCCAAUUGCUCCUGCUUUUGGGCCUCAUUAAGGGAGCUGUUGGUUGUAAUUGCCUGUAUUGUUAUUUUUGCGCUACCAAAUGUGGUUCUGUUGGUUGGACGGCUCCAUUUGCAUUGAUUCGAUUUACUGCAUGUAAUUUUUUACUUUAAAUGCCUAAUUAGUAUGUAAUUAUUAUUUUGGGUGAUCAGCGCAAGCAAAAACAAUGGAAUUUAUGUGUAUGGGUUUUCGAUAAAUUUUGUAGACCGAGAAGAGGUGGCGGGCUGCUUUGUAGGUAGAAGCUUUGAUAUUGAUAUUAGAUUGUCAGCAUUUGUAUUUAAAUAGCAAAAAAGACUUAUCGUAGAUGGAUAUGGGUUGCAAGAAUUGUAACUAAUUAUUUUGAUAUCAAUAAAUGUUGUGAAGAGGUCAAAGGUUAGAUGAAAUAUUAAAAUGAAUUUAUCUGAGUGAAGUUGGCGUACGGGAUAUAGUAGAUAAAUAUAAUGAAUGUAAGAUGACACACCUAGGCCUUUAGGGGGACCAUUGUGACGUGUUAUACUAAAUAACGGUACUCUGAAAAUGUGCGUUAGUGCUUUCAGUAUUUUACGGUUUCUACAAGGUUCAACGCACUUUUAAAAACCAUAAAAAAUAUUUAAAAUCAUUUGUUUACGGUCUUAAAUGGCGCCAUCUCUUAAACGCAGCUCAUUGGACAGCCCUCUUAGCUAAGUAAUGACUAACAAGUAAUAAAAAUCGUAUAAACAAAUCAUCAACUUUAAUCAAUUCUACUUUUUAGUCGGCACACUGCCAUUAAUGUUACAUGAAAACACCAUUAAAAUCUGCAGUUGCUUUAGUGCCAUUCCCACUUAAUUGUCAUAAUUUUAAAAUGGCUGUCUUUCACCUCAUUAGCAUAUCAGAAUUGGACGUGGAAGGCUAACAAAAUGUAGCAACCAGUUUCAGAGUUUUCUACCACUUCGUUUAACCUCAUGCCAGCACUAGAGAUUCGACGCCACGAGCGCUUCGAAACUUGUUUUCAACUUUAUUGUCUCCGUCCGUCGCACUCACUCAACCCUCUGAGAAAAGACACAGAGAAUUUCGACAACUUCAUACACUUCAACUAUGCGAGUCCCCCCUCUGGUACGCCACCCCGCUUAAAUUAGCAGCUGUGCUUCGCAUUUAUAAACAAUUAAUAAAUGACAAAACAAACGACAAAGUUUUUGCUCGCAUUGCUUGGUUGCUGUUGUUGUUGCCUGUAUUUGUAACCUCGCUUGACAACAACAACUAUCAAGUUGUAGCUAUAGACGUGUCUUUUAUGCCGCCAUCCGUUCCGCUUGCGCUGCGUACAAAUUUCGCAUAAUAAAAUUUAUAAUGAAAUAAUGACUUUGUGAGAAUUUUCGAAAAGUUUUUAAGUAGCUUGUAAACAUGGCCUUUAAAGUGCGCUCGAACAUGACAAUAUUGGAAAUGUUUUGCGAAGUUGGACGCUAAAUGAGUUUCAGGAAAAUUGUGAAUAUUUGAGUGAAUAUAUGUUAGAAUACGUGGCAAACAGUUAUGACUGGAAAGAGGUUUUCAAAAAUUGUAUUGAAAUAUUUUCUUUUUUUCAAUAAAAAAACAUAAAUGAUUUACACAAUUUAAUAUCACAACUGAAGUUAUUCAAUUCUACAAAAAUUCAUGAUAGUCAAGAGUAGUUAAAACCCUUUCAAAAAUGUACCAUAAGUCCAAAACAAUGUACCAUUCUCAUGCACAUCUUUUCCACUUCAUUAAAACAACAAAGUCAAAAGACUGAGUAAUGAAGACCAUGCCAGCAAUUAUACCAGCAUAUAAAAAUAAUAUUGUGAGCUGCAGAUAUUAUAUAAUUCCGCUGAAAGAACGCCAUUUAAUCCUUUCGCUUACUCAAAGCAAUCAAAAUCCAGCCAAGCGCUGAGCUAAGGUGGAGCCAGACCGCGCAAUUAAUUAAAAUUCCAAAAGGUAUAUGCGCAAAUAAUAAAAAACCAACAACAACAUCAAAAUC